GCCGGCGCCGUCCGUGUGCGCAUGCGCGGUGCCCCGGAAGCGCGGGGCCGUUCGAGCGCCAUGGCGGGAGCGGCGGCGCGGGCGGGCCCCGCGCUCGGGCCAGGCCCCGACCCGGCCCCGGGGCCCCGCCACCAGCAAUGGGGGGACCGGGCGGCCAGCGGGGCCGGGGCACGGCUGGUAGCGAGCGGGGAAUUGGCCUCGGGCGGGAGGAACCUCGGGAGAGGCGCCGCAGGGAGCGAGGGCUGGCGGAGCGGCAGCAGUGCCCUGUACUUCUCUUCCAGCAGUGAUGAUGAAUUUGAAAUGUUUUUAGCUAGACUGAAAACUCCCAAAACUGUUCCUAAAAAGGCAGAUAAAAGUUUGAAAGACUUCAUUGAUGACUCAGAUGAUUUCUUCUUGGACUUGAAAGUGAAAAAGAGCACAACCAAGAGUGCACAGAAGGAUCUUCAAACCCCCAGGAAGCUGAUGACUCCUGGAAAGAGAAACACUUGCUGCCAAGAAUUGCAGUAUCCAGACACUUCAAGUGACACUGAAGAUUCUGUCUUUGUAGAAAGUCCAUGCAAUAACCACCAAAAAGAGGAAGUGAAAGACUUAAAAGGAAGUCAGAAGUGCAUAAAUCUUUCACCUCCACAAAAUCGGAAAGAGUCAGUUUUCAAAGGCAGUCCAGAUUUACUUGUUAGAAGGAAAGAAAGAAGCUGUGACAAUACAGAAAAUAAAUUGCCAGCUGUGGCACUAGGACAUGGUACAGGGGUGGAAUCAGAUAGCUCAGAUGACAGUUUUGGAUCUUUAAUGGAACGGAUAAAGAAGCGAAGUCUACCCCGAAAACCAGUCUUGAGCACAAGUAAAACUGUCUUUGAGCCAAGCACGACAGAAAACAUCAAGCCACCCUCCAAAGAUGCACAGCCUGUGAAAGGGGAGGGAGGCAGGACACCAAAGCCAAAAUCCAUUUCACUUCAAGAAACACCUUCCAUGAUAAGAACUCCUGCAAGAAUUCCUGGGAAUGAAUCUGUCAGUUGCUCACAGUCAGCAAAGACAGAGAAAAGACUCAGGGUAUGCUCAGUGCCUGGUUGCUUCUUGCAAGAUCUUUCAAAUCCAGCUUCCCAUUAUGUGAAGUAUUUCAAGAAAAAUAAAGAGGAGCUGGCCCAGAAGCUCUACAGGCUGUUUAAUAGUACCAUCUUUGAGCAAAAGUUACCAGAGAACAUGGUAAUAAUCUGGAAUAAGAAAAUGAGAAAAACAGCAGGGUAUUGUGUAACGGGGCAGAGGGAAGGCCCUGAAGGGAAGCGCUACGCUCGCAUUGAACUCUCUGAGAAAGUCUGUGACUCUGCAGAUCGCCUUCGGGACACCCUGAUCCAUGAGGUUUGCCAUGCAGCCACCUGGCUCAUAAAUGGUGUUCGGGACGGACACGGGCGUUUCUGGAGGUUCUAUGCCAACAAAUCAGCUGUAAUUCAUCCAGAACUGCCAGUGGUAACACGAUGCCACAGCUAUGAAAUUAAUUACAAAUUCACCUAUGAGUGUGUUCGGUGCAAAGCUACGAUCGGGCGGCACUCGCGGUCCCUGGACACGGCGCGGUUCGUGUGCGCCUUCUGCGGGGGGCAGCUGGUCCUCAGGCAGCCCCCGGGCAAGGGGGGCACCCCUGCCAGGACACAGCUCACACCCUUUGCUAAGUAUGUGAAGGAAAACUAUGGACUUGCUAAGAGAGAGCAGCAAGGGCUGAGUCAUGCAGAGGUCAUGAGGAAACUCAGUGCUGAUUUUGCUUUGAAAACCAAGCUGGAAGAUUCCUUUUAAUAUCUCAAUAUACCUCCUUUCUUGGUGCCACUUAAAUUUUGUAUAGAGGGUAGUAAAAGUUCUGAGCAGCACUUACACAUAGCAUGUCUUCAGUGACUCCAUUGAGUAAGGGAUUUACUGUUUGAUCUGGGCACCUGAUUACUGUAGACUGUGUGUGUGCUGAAGACCUGUGUCUGCAUCUGGCUGGGAUUGCCAGAAGCAAGAAAGUCCAGGCCCACCAGCCCAAGUCCUCUGACUCUGAAUGACUCCAAGGCAGGAAAAGGGGCAUACCUGAGUUGGGCUUCAGUGUGGGUUCAGAUAUUCUCCCACACAGAUUUUCCUGAGAGCUCCUUGGCUGUUUUUGUUAAAAUUAAGUGGCAGGUAGAUGGUGCUUUGAAUUCAUUAAUAGAAUAUGAGUUUCUCCAAAGCUCUUUAGCCCUCAGUAAGAGUGAAGCUCUUUGAUUGUAUUUGAAUGUAGUGCUCCUCUAUCACUGAGAUGUCUUAGAAACUAAAAUAAUGCAGAUGGUCAGGCUGGGAAGAGCAGAUUCACUUCACCCCAUAGAAUGAAGAGGUCUUGUGUCAUGGCUUAAGUCUUUCAUGUAAAAUGCAACUGAAUAUGUGUUAUAGUGUUUAUGUCUUCUGAAAGCAAAUUGCUCAGGGGCUUAAUAAUUUUGAUAAUCAAUAAAUACCAGUUUGAUACAAACUCUUGCAACCAAGGCUGCUUUGUUUCAGUUUAAUCAUGACUGUGUAAGAAUACAGAACCCUGGUACCAGUCCAGCUCUCCUGGCUGUGGAUCAGAACAGUCAUUAACAUCCUUUGGUCACUGGGAUUGCAAUCCAAGGAUCCCCAUUCCAGGAGUCAUCUCCCAGAAGCCCUCACCAAGCCUGGGGGCACUGAGGCACCACUCUCCCUUCCCCAGCAACGAUGAAUGUAAGAAGCAAUGGAACUAGAACCGAAUAGCAAAAACAACAGCACAAAACUACUGACCCUUUAAAAACUGAUUAAUUACUGUUCACAGCACUUCUAAGGAAAAAUAAAACAGUAGGAAGUUCUAGUCUUAGGGGAUUUGUCAGUAGAGAUGUAGAAAGAUUGAAAACUCAAGUCUGACAAAGCAAUGGAGUUAUGGGGCUUCCACAUCUGACAGCACUUUACAGCUGCUACUGCAUACUGGCUGGCACUUGCAGGGAGUGCCUCUUCCUCAGUUCUGUCACUCUCAUUGUCCCAUCCUUUGCUCACAUGAGACAGAUUAACAAGAACACAGAUGAGGAUGUACAUGAUGGGGAAUGCUGUGAAAUGCAACAGCAAGAACAUUUAAAGGGAUUAAUUCAACAACACCUAUUUUGUUCCAGUCUUAAGAAAUUUCUGCAGUUAAGUUCAGCAUGGAGAAAUGUCAGACCUUUCUAUCUACAAGUUCUCUGCCCAGCACCUUAACCUUCUUCCCUCUUGGAAGGAACCACAGUCCUUUCACU